GAAGAGGAAAAUGGCGGAUGCGAUUGCUGGUCCGAAAGACAUUACCACAAUAUUCAAACGUUUGAAAUCUCAACCCGACAAUAAGACUUGCUUUGAUUGCGGACACAGCAAUCCAACGUGGGCAUCGGUAACUUACGGUGUAUUUCUAUGUAUCGACUGCUCCGCUGUUCACAGAUCACUCGGUGUUCACUUAACCUUUAUUAGAUCUACCCAGCUGGACACGAACUGGACAUGGCUACAACUGAGGGCAAUGCAAGUUGGCGGAAACGCCAAAGCGAAUGCCUUCUUCAGACAACAUGGUCUCUCAACUGAAGAUACAUCUGCUAAAUACAAAAGCCGGGUGGCUGCGAUGUACAGAGAAAAAAUUGCAACAUUAGCAACAAGGGCCUUACAACAAUAUGGAACCCAGACACUUUUGGACAGUCACCAUGGACCCCAGUCACCCAACUCUCCUGAUCGUAAAGAACAAGAUUUCUUCAAGGAAGUAGAGAGUCAGUCUUUUCAACAGACAGUUAUGAUACCAACAAACGGAAAAAAUGGAAACAACUCUGGGAAUGAUUUGAACAAGAACAUGGAAGAUCUCAGUGUUUCACCUCCAAAGCAGCAAGAAACCCGUGUACCUACAAUAGGAACAAGGAAGCCUGUUACAGCCAAAAAGAAAGGGCUUGGAGCCAAGAAGGGUGGACUGGGAGCAACAAAGGUGAAAACAAACUUCAAUGAACUGGAGUCAAAAGCCCAGCAGCUUGACAAAGACAAGGAAAAAGCAGCACUUACGAAUGCUAAGGAAGCAGAAGCAGAACUUGUUUCUCCAAACCUUGCAUACAACCCUGUCAACUUUAAGAAAGAGGAGGAUAAGCUUCGCCAGUCUGAUCCGAAAAAGGCUGCCCAGCUGGAGCGCCUUGGAAUGGGUGUCAGUGGAAGCAAGAAAGGGACAACAACUCCUGGUAGAGGUCACUCCGCUUCAGCUGCUAUGGCAACUGUUGAACAAGUGAAGCCUUCUAAGACACAGCCAUCUUUUGCAGACAAACUUAGGGUGUCUUCAAACUCAAAUAUGGAUUUCUUUGAUAGCUAUGGAAUGGAUGGCACAAGUUUCACAGAACCACCUCCAUUGUACGAUAGUCCAUUUGGAUCAACUGCCUGGGACAGAGGUCGCGAUAGAGAUGAAAUAGGUUCAUCUUUCUCUAGUGAGAGGCGUUCCAGUCGUGAAGAAAGGUUAAACAGAAAAAGAGAUCCAGAGCCUGUAAAUGUGUCAUCAACAGAUGAAGUCCGAAGAAAGUUUGGAAAUUCUAAGAGCAUUUCAUCAACACAGUUCUUUGGCAAUGACCAGGAAGAGUAUGCUAUAAAGUCUCGAUUGGAUCGUUUUCAAGGAUCUAACAGUCUUUCAAGUGCAGACCUCUUUGGGGAUGAUGAUGAUGGCAGACCUCGGUCAAAUGCCUCUGGCAGUUUUUCAUCUGCAGAUCUUUCACAGCUGAAAGACGGAGUAGCUAGAGUGACUGGAAAGUUGUCAAGUAUGGCUUCAGGAAUGAUAGGAACACUACAGAAUCGUUACAGUGGGUCCAGUUGAAGAUUGUUCCAAUCUUUUGCAAUUGACUAGGAGAAUUUAUCACCUAAGUUGAUAAUUGUAUCAAAGAAUGAUAGAAUUGGGAAAGUCAUGAUGCCAGAAUCCUUCAUUUGUGAUAGUGUAUUUAUUUUGUUUAUUGUUUUCCUUUGGUUUGGGGAGCUACCUGAAUGAUAAGUAGAUUCUUUUAAAAUGGUCUAGACUAAGUGCAAUUUGUUGACUCUCUGGAGGAAAUCUGUUUUCGGUGAGUUACAUGAUUCUGGGAAUAGCAAUCCUUGCAGUUUUCAGCUACAACAAACAAGCUAUAGAUAGAAGAAUUUAAAAAGAAAAUUGUUUCAUUAAAUUCCCUUGUGAUGAGAAUAUUAUUAUGAAAGCAGAUUGAAUUGAAUGAUAAGUUGCCCUGUGAAGAUUUCCAGGAACCUUUUUCUUUCAAAAGCAAAUUAUAUCGUUCUGCCUUAUGGUAUAAUUCAGAUGAUGAUGUCACCCAGGGAAGCAAAUUAAUUGAAAAGGGAAAACAAAACUAUUUUAAACGUUCUUAAAACUUUUUAGUUAUAAGAACUCUGUUAAGAAAAUCAGGUAGCAUUCAGUAAUACAUAAAAUAAAUUGAACUUACAGAUGAGUGUAGUUGCUAUUUUCAAUUUUUUUUCUUGAAUUCAUCAUCAAUGAAAAUCCAGUCACACUAACUGAACUUGGUUUGAAAAAGGAGUUCUAAAAAAUAUAUAUAUUGAUAAGAUCACUUUCCUGAAAUGAAUCUGAAUGAUCUCUUGUUUAAGAUUAAUUCCUUCACCUCCAAAAAAAUUUAAAAAUUAGUUAUGUACUGAGGGAAUAAAAAACAUUCAGACACCUACCAUAGCCAAUUAGCAAGCAUAAUGUAGUUUGUAGGUUGUGGUUAGUUAAAAUAGCCUACUAACUGGAAGUGUUGUAAUACAUAUUCCAUUGGCAGUAUUCACACACCAUACAAAACUGUUUAAAUUCCAAAAAUUUUCUUAUCUCAAUCAGGCUUUUGAGAUGUGUUGAAAGGUGUUUAAUUGAACUGUACAAAUUGUUUACGUGUUGAUCACUGAUUGGCCCAUGAGAGGUUCUCAGUCAGUGGACAGAUCCAGUAGAGGCAGCAAACAAAAUAAAGUGUGGUUUUCCGCUGGCUGAGGGACGAAAGAAGCAAAAAACGUUUUUCUCACAUGCAGCUGGGAGAAUGGGUUCGAGUGUGUGGGGCAUCUCCAGGUCACAUGGCAUUUCAAGGUUCAGUUGUUUUGUUGCCUUCUGCCAUUGCCUGACCUUCCCCACCCACCCUCCAUAUGUUUUUAGGGAUAUAGGAUUUCAAGUAGUGCCUUAGUUCCAGUUAUUCGUGCAUGUCAAUCUUCUGUAUCUAGGAUCAGUUUCAGCUGUUUUGUUAGUGUUGUAACCCUAAUGGUUCAUCAUGUUGAUAUAAUAAAGUUUGGGCUGCAUGAUUGGCUUAGCAUGGCUCCCAGUUGUGUGUGAGAAGAGGUAAUGUCUACCACCCUCUUCCAGAAGUAUUCCACUUUUCAGUAGUCCGUGUCUUUGACUCUUUUUACUGGGUGAGAGCCUCUUACAGGGUAAUUGUUUAAUUUUAAACAGUUUUUACUUUGCAAAACAGGUUUUGGUCAUAAAACUGUCAGUGCACUUUACCGAGGAAUAAGAAUUUAAAGUACAGUGUGUAGAUGAAUAGUUCAUUUUUCAAUCCAAGACAGUAUCUUGAUAUUUUACUUCUUUUAGUUUGCAUCAAUAUAUGUCAUUCAUAGCUUAGAAAAUUAGCAAAUUGAUGUUUGGAAAAAAUAGAAUGAGAUGAAAGAAUAUUUUUCAAAUUUAAAGGUAUUCUGUACAUGUGGAGGGAUCUCUUUUGCUUGUUUUGUUCUUAAAACCUAUAGUAGUGUUGCCAUUCAAUACAAUACUCGCUACUGGUAUCAUUAUGAUACUUGCUACAGCUCAUGUUGAUGCAGACACUAAACCAAUUUAUGACCUUGUAAAUCUGCAAAGUGCUGUGAUUGGAGAGCUUGGUGAAAUACUGUUUUCAUAUGUCCUUUUGGGAUGCCUUCUCAGCCUGCAAUGACAGUGUUACUGUUUUGUCUUCUUAAAAUUAAACUAUUUUAUUAUCUGG